AUGACAAAAGACUUGGUAAGCCUCGCCGUCGGCGACUAUUAUGCCGAGGCAUUGUACCGUUCUUACUGGCUACAGACCUUCGACGUCCAUUUCGACAACGAGCUCGCGCACGAGUACUAUGGCGACGGGGAAAAGCUGGCCAAGAAGCUUCGCGAGAUAUACCACGAUCGUAACCUUAAGUUCCCGGAUUUCUUCGAUUCCACAUUGACCACUCCGCCUGUACAUUUCCUGUCCGUCGAGGCACCGGAUGAUGUAAAGAUUGAGGAACUGCAGAAUGUGGAAGUGCCACCUGGACUGCAUGUUGAUAUUAUUGACUUUCAUAUGGAAUAG